AUGUAUGCUCCAUACAUUUCAGAGGAUCUCCGCCUCCGUGUCUUAUCUCUCCUUUAUGUUGGGGUCUCUGUAGAAACCAUCAUGCAGAGACACAAUGAAUCAGUGGAGAGACAAGGAGGUCCUUCUAACCGAGAUGACCUUUUGACCCAUAGAUAUGUUCGUCGACAGGAGAGGAGUAUUCGAAGAUCUACAUAUGAACUAGAUGCAGAUGAUGCUGUCAGCAUUAGCAUAGUGGCAGUUGCAGCAGCUGAUCCGGUUUGGAAAUCUAAGACUCAUGGCCUCAGAUUCAAAUAUCCUAUUCACAGUCUUGUUGUGUUCAACUCAGACAACAAGGCUAUUCCUGUAGCUUGGAUAAUAUCUCCUAGAUUUGCUAGAGGAGAAACACAUAGAUGGAUGAGGGCACUUCUCAAUAGAGUUUGUGCAAAAGAUCCUUCAUGGAAGUUGGCUGGGUUUAUUGUGGAUGACCCUUUGGCUGAUGUCCUGGCAAUCAGGGAAGUCUUUGAAUGCUCUGUAUUGAUAUGCUUUUGGCGGGUUCGUCAUGCGUGGCAUAAAAACUUGUUGAAGAGAUGCUCAAAAAUGGAGGUGCGUGCUGAAAUAGCGAAGAGGCUCGGUCCAUCAGUAAACAAAAUUUGCAAAGGAUCUGGCAGUGCCAAUAUGUUUAAAGAUGUUAUUGAAGAUUUUGCAGAUGCAACUGAUUUCAUGGACUACUUCAAGGCAAAUUGGUAUCCAAGACUAAGUAUGUGGGAAAGUGCACUUAAAACUCUUCCUCUUGCCAGCCUAGAGACCUGUGCAGCAAUGGAGUUUUAUCACAACCAAUUGAAGCUUAGGUUGUUGAAUGAAAAGGACCAAAGCGUAUACCAACGUGCUGAUUGGCUGGUUAAUAAGCUGGGUACCAAAGUGCACUCGUACUUCUGGCUUGAUGAGUACUCAGGUAAGGAUGAUUUUGCACGAUAUUGGAAGGAUGAAUGGAUGAGUGGCUUAACAGCUUGGCGUAAAUCAUUGAAGAUCCCAGAUCCUAAUGUUGUCAUGGAACGUAAAUAUGCCAAGAUUAUUGACUGGGAAGAUCAAGAUACAACUCAUAUAGUAUGGAAUCCUGGUUCGGAAUAUGCAUUUUGUGAUUGUAGUUGGGCAAAAAUGGGGAACUUAUGCGAGCACGUUUUCAAAAUCAUUAAAUUUUGCCGUGAUAAAGGGACUAUUACACCAUCUAUCAGCAUGUUUCAGUAUAACCAAGCUUUGAUUAAUAUGCUACGCUGCCCACCUUUUGAUUCUUUGAUUCGUGAUCAUUCUGUUUCUCUAGCAGUUUGGUUAAAGAUGCAGUUGAAUGAACUAAUUGGUCCUGAAAGCUGUCAGUUCAAAGUAAAUCCUAUCAAGCAACAGAUCUCUAAACCAAUCAUGGACAACCAAGAUAGAGAACUAGUACACAAGGACCUCUAUCCUAAUGGGAUUGUAUCAUCUCACAAUGAGAAUGGCUCUGCACUGAAGCGCAAGCGUCCACUCUCUAAUGAUAUGGGCAGUGAUCUGUUGUAUCAUGCGACCAGCGAAAAUGUCGAUGCUGGGAUGGAAGUUCAUUCAUCAUCCAAUUGUACUUCAGCUCCUCAAUUAAUUAUUGAUCGGGAUGAAUCGACUGCUCUCUUCAGUCAGAAUGGAUAUAUUCUGGGGGAUGCUGGCCUAGAUAUAGAGCAGAACCUUACUUCUAGAGGUGCUGCUGCAUUCAAUAAUCCAGAUGGUUCUGAAGAUGAUACCUUGGACAAAAAUAAUUAUGCAAGUGUGAUGGAGUUAGAGCCACUGUCUAUUGAUGACUCUUUAUCAACAACCAAGUUCCUAGAUAGAUGUGCCAAUAUCUGUCAGCUUGAUGAAUCAAAAGGUGGCACAGCUCUGCCAAUCAAUUCUGAUACACGGAAUGCUGAACCCAAAAUGAACAAUUCUUCUCCAUCGGCAUCAAGACCAGUUCAUUUUCCGCUUGAUAUAACUGAAGCAUCGGGUGACAUUAAAGAAAAUGGAGCUAUAGACUUGCGAAAUGUAAAUGCGGGCACGUCCAAUGGACUAGCCUCAUCAAGUUGCAUACUGAAUGCUGAUUCCGAAAUUGACAGAACUCCAUCUGUAUCGAAGUCUGUUGCUCCAGUGCAGAUGGAUUUAGCUGAAGGCUUCGAUGUAGUUGAAGGGGAUAAAAAAGUGGAUCUAGGGAAUGAAUGCACUAACAUGACUGUUGAUAUUGCUUCCUUGGAUAACGCAAAAGCUGUAGACGUUGAGCAUAAUACUUCUGGAGAUAUCGUAGUUCAUGAUGCGCGGACAGAUGACACUAGUGCGAAGGAUGAUAUAUGUACAGAAGCAGUUGGAGAUCGAUGA